UAAGGGAUUCUCUCUUUUGUUGUAUUUCUCCUUGCAGCUUAUGUUCAGUCAGACAGGCUGUCAUUUGAUUUUGAGAGUGCCACAUUCAGUACAUCAGACUCUUUGAAAUUGUUAAAAUGGAUACCUGGUUGCAUGGUUGGAUGCUGAUUUGUUCUUGCAUUUCUUCUUCACAUGCUAUGAAUGGGUAUCUCCAGUUUCAAUCUCCGGGACUCACACUGGUUUCAGUCGGAGGCUCUGUAGAAUUAGGAUGUAAAUUUGAGCAGAAAGUUCAGUACUGCCAUAGUGUUACAUGGAACAAGCUGAAUCUACGGACCAGUCAAUUCAUGUCAGUGAAAAACAUAGAAAAGAAUAAUGUCCCUCGCCAUGAUGGUAAAACUUGUGUUUUGACAUUAAAUAACUUGACUCUUAAAGAUUCUGGCUUGUAUGUUUGCAUUAGCAACUUAUUGGCUAUGAUCGGCAAUGGAUCCAGGGUGAUCGUAACUAGAGAUGACUCUGUGCCAGAACUUUCCAUCUUAUACUCACCUCCAAAAGCUGAUUCACUAUCAGUCCAGCUCCAGUGUCUUGUUUUAGGAGUUGUCCCGUUUCAGGUGCGGGUUUUCUGGAUGAUUGAGGAGAAAGUGCUCUCUGGUUGGACCGAGUCGGCCUGGACAAAUGACACUGAUUCAGCCACAGAAUUCACCAGAGCUCAUCUUUCUGUUCCUGCAGACGAGUGGACUGAAGCUGAGGAAAUUCGGUGCUGCGUUGAAUAUAAAGGACAAAACUUCUCUAAAUCUCUGAAGCGAUGUGAGCAUCAAGCAGUCCACUCGUGGCUUUCAUACGCCGGCUGUGUGGCAGCACUCCUUACCAUAAUAGUAACCAUCAUUAUAUCUGUGGUGUUACGCCGAGAUAUUUUGGUGACCAGAAAGUCCAGAGGGCUCACAAGAAAAGAUGCUCACCGCAAAAUAUCAUAUGGUAAACAGAAUACUCUGAAAGAAGAUUUUCCAUCUGUUAUGGGUUUCUCUGGAGAUCUCAUUAGUCAUGAACAGGAUGGGAGUCCAUCAAACGAAUAGAGAGUGAAGAAGGGAAUACUUGAGUAUGCUGGAAAAAACUGAAAUGAAAGUUGACAUUAUCAAACACAAAGUGUACAUGUGUGUCUUCAUACAAAAAGACGGCACCUGAUUUCUACACUUUCAAACGUUUUUAAAGUGUCUAUGAUCAUGAAUAUUUAUUAGUUAGGAACUGUAUGCUUCUUUGUAUGAUUUAUGUUCUCUGUAUUUUAUUAUUUAAAUAUAAAUGAAAGUUUUCUAAUAAAAAAGUGUAUUUGAAAAUGGCUUUAUCCAGCCUGAUCUCACGAGAAAACGUAAGUAUUUUACGUUUUGUCAGUUUAGUGGCUAAUUCGUACGAAUUCGUACAAGUUCAGUCGUACGAAAUUGUACGAUUUUAAAAAGGAGGCGUGGCACCUAACCCCACCCCUAAACCCAACCGUCAUUGGGGGAUGAGCAAAUCGUACGAAAAUGUACGAAUUAGCCACUAAAUCAAAAAGUUACGAAUUGCCGUGAGAUUGUGUUGCUUUAUCAGUAUUUUGUGCCACAUCAUACAUUUAGUCCAUUUCCCAAGAUAUUGUUUUUCAGAAAUAAAGAAUUCACAAAAGGAUUACAAACUUUUAUUUUAAAAUGAAAUAUGUUCAGGGGCAACACAGUGGCUCAAAGGUUAGUCCCGGCUGAGUCAGUUGGCAUUUCUGUGUGGAGUUUACAUGUUCUCACCAUCUUUGCAUGGGUUUCCUCUGGGUGCCCCAGUUUCCCCCACAGUACAAAGACAUGUGGUAUAGUUGAACUGAAUAAACUAAAUUGGCCAGAGUGUAUGUGUGUGAAUGAGUGUGUAUGUGUGUUUCCCAAGUCUGGGUUACAGCUGGAAGGGCAUCUGCUUUGUAAAACAUAUGCUGGCGGUUCAUUCCGCUGUGGCGACCCCUGAUGAAUAAUAAGCCGAAGGACAAAGAAUAAAUGAAAU